UUGUAACAUAUAAUUACUGAUACUCUCGUAUCGGAGGCCUGUUAUGCUGUAAACAACAUUAACUAACUUAACAAAUACAAGUUAAUUUCGCUUAGAAAAUAUAAAUCCCGAUACCUACAUAUAAAAGACCUGACAACAGAAAAUCUAGUCCGCACAGUAUUAAGAUUAAACAGAGAAAACACGCCCCAAAAUCCGAAAAAAAGAUGUUAUUUACUGAUUCAAUGGAGAAUGGAACAACAAACGGUACCGAAUAUAGUGUCACCAUCGAAGAACUCAACGGACAACAAGUUUUGAUAAGAAUCCCUUCAACCAUUUUAGUUAUAUUAACAAUGACCAUUGGUUUCGUUGGAAACAUUUUAACUGUUUACAUUUACGGAUUUCGCUUGAAGUUAUCCCCAACGUACCUGUUUGUCGUCAUGCUGGCUUGUGCUGAUUUGAUACUUUGUGCUGUUGUAUCACCAACUCGCAUUGUUCAAAAUUUUUACCCCAUGAUGACGACCUGGGAUGCAAUGUGCAAAACCAUAUGUGCUUAUCUGUAUUUGUAGGACUUUGUAACUGUGGGUUUCUAGUGGCCAUUGCAACAGAUAGAUACAGAAAAGUAUGCCAUAUGCUGAAACCUCAGAUAACAAUGAAAGCUGCUAAAAUUAUUACGGUAUUUAUAUUUGUUUUCUCCGCAAUACAGGGAAGUAUUGCUAUUCUUUACUACGGAAGUAUCCAAAAACCGACUAAUUAUCCUGGUAUCUACAGCUAUUCUUGCUCAGCAAAAAACUACAAGGAGCUUAACUAUUAUCAACUUGGAUUCUUCGCUUUCUAUUUUCUCUUAACAAUGUUAACGUUCAUUUAUCUCAGUAUAGUUUACACCAUAAUUCUUCGAAAAAUUAAAGUCAAGGAAGGAAACAGUAUUGAAUUACAACAGAGUCGGAAGAACAUCAGAAGUGCCUUGUAUCCUGAUGAAGCUCAACGACGAUGGAGUUAUAUUCCAAAAAUCAAUGAUAUUAACCAAUUAGCUUCGAAUUCUAAUGAAGAAUUGUCCAGAAUAGGCUCACCAUCUGGAGUGUCACCGGAGGACAUGUCAAACUUGGGUACAAAAAACACUGCACCUCUCGCAAAUAAAUUGCGGGAGACAUACAGAGAAAGACGAGUAAGAGAACAAACUGAAAGGUUACAGCGAAACACUGUAACAAUGCUGAUGGUUACUAUAAUCCUUAUAGUGACUUAUAUACCCAGCGUUAUCGCCAUGAUAGUGAAUGCUACACUGAAGUCUGAAGACACAAUGUCGAUAACGGCAGCUAUAUUCUAUUGGCUCGCACGACAUACUUUAUACAUUAACUCAAGUUUUAAUCCAAUAAUUUAUAGUUUCAGACAUCAGAAUUUUAUAGACGAGGUAAAAUAUUUGUUUGGAAUUAAGCACAAAUUGAAACAAAAUAGAAACAACAGCACACGUUAACCAAACUGAAAUAGGAAGAGAAUGAAAGCAACAUUUCUGCAACAGACAAUAAUAACAGAGAAAAAAUUUAAUACAGAUUUGAAAAUGUGUAUUCCAAAUGAACAGUCAAUUCAUUGUUUUAUUGUAAGUGGUUGAGUAUUCCGCGGAUUGUUUUGGUGUACUCAUCAAGGAGAAUCAGCUAUAUAACGAAACUGGCUCAUCUGAGUUGCAGGAACAGUCCACCCGACGAUCUUUCAUCCGACUUCAGUCACAAUAUGAGUACGAAUAAUAAGAAAAUAUAGGUAAAAACUGAAAUUAUAAAUUCUAGUACUCAGAAGAAAGUAAUUAAAAAAAAUGUGACUAAUUACAGGG